AAAAUAUGAGAGCCGUUAAGCGACGAAUACCUUCACACUCACUGGUUUUCUAACAGUUUUCGCUCACGCCCUAUCGACAAACAACAAACCAUAACAUGGAAUGGCUGAAGGCAUUUGGGGUUUUAAUUAUACUCUACAGCAGUUUCUGCAAAUGCAAAGCUAAACAGAGAGAUACUUGUCACAAGAAACUAGACGUGCUGCUUCUACUUGACGCUUCAGGAAGCGUAGGGAUAAGCAACUGGGAACGCACUAUCAGUUUUACUGGAGAACUCGGCAAGAAACUAUUGCAGAACAACCCCAUGUCACGAGUCGGCGCUAUCGACUUCAGCGAGCAAGCGAACGAGGCUAUCCCACUCACUAGCGACCAGGCAGCACUUGAGACAGGAGUUCAGGCUCUGAAAUACCAAUACCAGAAUGGAAUGACGAGGACAGAUAAGGGCCUCGAACUUGCCUACGAUUUGUUCAAAACGAAUGUGAGAGCAGACGCGGGUCAAAUGCUGAUUGUAGUUACCGAUGGACACACAACGCCCUGGGAUGGCAAGACUGGAAUAGAGCUAAUAAAACCGCCUUCAGACGCAAUACGCUCCCUUGGUGUGCACACAAUUGUCGCAGGAAUAGACGAGAGGGUCAACGAAGAAGAGCUUUACUACAUGGCUAGUGAUCCUGUUGAUAAGAAUAUGGUGCGCAUGAACAACUACGACAAGUUGAUAAGCCAUGUGGAGGAUUUCACUACCAUCGCGUGCCCGACACCCAAGCCAGAGCCAACACAAGCUCCUACACCAUCCCCUACGCCAGCACCGACGCCAGCACCUACACCAUCGCCAACACCAGCGCCAACACCAGCGCCAACACCAGCGCCAACACCAGCGCCAACACCAGCGCCAACACCAGCGCCAACACCAGCGCCAACACCAGCACCGACACCAGCACCGACACCAGCCCCGACACCCGCGCCAACACCAGCACCUACACCAGCGCCAACACCAGAACCUACACCAGCACCAGCACCCGCGCCAACACCAUCUCCAGCACCUGCGCUAACACCUGCGCUAACACCCGCUCCAACACCAGCGCCAACACCCGCGCCAACACCUGCUCCAACACCAGCACCUACACCAGCACCAACACCCGCGCUAACACCAGUUCCAACACCUGCGCCGACACCCGCUCCAACACCAGCACCAGCUCCUACACCGGCACCAACACCAGCGCCAGCUACUGCAGAACCCCAGAACCCCGAUGCGUGCAUCGUCCCAUGGCGAAAACUCGGCUGCUUUAGAGAUGAUAUGAAAAAACCCAGGCCCCUACCCGAGCUUUUAUUCACGGACCGUGAUUCCUCGUCACCAGUCUUUAGCGGAAAGAUGCUCGUGUGGGAAGAAUACAAAACAUUCCUCCCUGACGCGGUCUGUAGAUGCGCAAAGGCGGCCCAAAAGAAGGGAUAUACCACUUUUAGUAUUCAGUACUACGGCGAGUGCUGGUCCGGUGCCGGGGCGGCCAAUACUUACAGUCGUAACGGAGAAGUGUCCACGUGUGUCAAUGCUGAAUUCAACCCGUGUCCUUGGGAUCCCAUGGUACCUUGCGCGGGCAAAAAUGAGACGAACUUCGUCUAUGCGAUCGAGAUCCCGAAUGCAUCUGAGUGUGAGGUGAAUUACGAACGUGUUGGGUGCUACAAAGACGAAAAGGAAUCGCGAUCAAUGCCCGAUCUUAUCCUGACAGAUCGGGAUCCUUCAGAUGACGUGUACAGCAACAAGACCAUAGAUUGGCAUAACUGGGAUAGCUAUAUGACAGACCUCAUUUGCAGAUGCGCGCGAAAGGCGGUGGAAAAGCGAUUCACUUACUUCGGGGUUCAGAAUUACGGCGAAUGCUGGUCUGGUCCCGAGGCCGCGGGUUCCUACACCAAUCACGGGCUGUCAACUGAGUGUGUAACGAGCGGAUACCAGCCUUGCACCGAGUCAGACAAAAACUGCGUGGGCAAAUCUGAUGCAAACUUUGUAUUUAGGGUGCCCUUGGUAUAAACUGUGUUGAUACAAGAGAGGGAAUGGACAAAGGCCGGUCGCACAAAUACAGGUUCUAUUUAGGGGUAAUAAGAUCGAGGGAAGGAGGGAGUGAAAAAAAGGGGAAGCAAAAGGAAAGGAUAUAGACUUGCCAAAUAAAUAAACUGUGAAAUUAUAGUAGGGUGCACUUCAACUCCCGUUAACAACAGAGUAGAUAACGGAACAAGGGAAAAUAGGCUCACAUAUUUAGAGGAGCCGGGGGUUCAGAGGCGUGGCGCAAUAGGGGAGGGGCGAGCAGGGUAGAGAAAAAACCCGGUUAAUAAGAAAAUUAUUAGUUAAAAAUUGAAAAAUAUCACAAUGGAUCUGAAAGAGAGAUGUAGAAUUUAGUAAGUAGUAAGAUAAUAUAAACUAAUCAGUUCAACUAUUAUUGUAAUGAUUUAAUGAAGCAAAGCUUCAAAAUGAAAUAAAAUCCUGUUUUCCUCUAUUA